AUGUGUCUCAGCGCCCCGACCGCGACGCCCCUCUCGCCCGCCGUGGUGCGCCCGCCGACGUCCUUCCUGGAGUCCUUCCCGGCCUCGCAGUCGUCGCGAGGCUCCGUGACCUGGACGACGCUCUUCUCGACGCAGCUGGCGGCGGGCGUGGCGUCAUGCCCGCCCCGAGGGUUUCUCGGCCUGCACAAGCACACGCAGCCGGAGCUGUACCACGUCCUGUCCGGCCGCGGCGUCGUCGAGAUCGAGGGGGCGGCGUACGAGCUCGAGAAGGGCAUGACGGUGUUCAUACCCGGCGACGCGGAGCACGGCGUGCGCAACGAGGGCGCCGAGGACUUUCGCUGGCUGUACGUCUUCCCCGGGCGGUUCGAGGACGUCGAGUACAGAUUCAGAGCCGAGGGUGCCUACGGAUCGGAAAGCAAGGCAAGCGCCGCGUCAAAAGCCAAGCUGUGAAUGUUCAUGGGACAGAGAGUGUGAUGCGAGAAAGCUAGCGGACCCAAAUGGCUUUUCGAUUGCUUGAUACAAACACUAGUGGAACGUAGGCGCGCAGCCUGCCACUAGACAAGAGUUGUCAUACCCUCCGUCAAACUCCCCUCUACACUGUCUUUCUCCCAGCUGACAUGUUUUGUCACGCUCCGUUCACACUUGCAUAGCUGCAAAUCUUUCUCUUGCCACUCUCCUUCACUCGGGGAACAUGGCCAACAUCACCAAAAAAAAUUUUUUUGAAAGAAAAUAAAAAUAUUACAAAUUCUCGCUCGAACGCUACGAACAAUUGCAAGCUAAAAAAAAAGGGGAUGAUGCCUCUGCAUUUCCACAAGGCUACAUAGGUGCUCUGCGCUGUUUGAAAAAUGCCAGGUGAUUAGAAAAAAAGAACAAUGUAAUAGU